AUAAGCAGGAGGAAGAUACAGAAGAGAAGAAGAAAUUGAUCACAGUCAGAUUGGUUUCCUUCUCUUUUCUAUCAGGGCCCCUAGAAACGUGCCACAACAAACUAAAAAAAGAUUAUCCAGAACCAGCUGACCAGAACUAAGUGAAAACGAAUGCACGAAAAGACCAUCCAAUAGCCUAGUUUAUGAAAGAAUGGAAAUAAAAGAAGAAAAAACGAAAGUCUUCAUUGCAAUUGAAUCAGGUUUGUUAGAAUCUGUCCAGGCAAUAUCAGCAGCUGAAGGAUCUUCAGUAUUUUCUCUACAAGAUGAUAAAGGAUACACACCUGCUCACUGGGCAUGCUUCAGAGGUCAUGAAGAAAUAGUCAGGUUAAUAUUAGACAGCAAUGGACCUAUAGAUAAGCCUAGCAACAAUGAACUUGGAGCCCAUCCAAUUCAUUGGGCAUGUGUGAACGGACAUGUAGCAAUAGUUGACAUUUUACUUCAGGCAGGUGUUUCUGUCAAUGUUGUUGACAAUAAGGGAUGUACACCUAUAAUUAUGGCAGCUCAAUAUGGUCAUACAGUAUUAGUUAGUUUCUUGAUGGGGAAAGGAGCCAAGCCAAAGAUGUUAGAUGAAGAUGGAAACAGUAUCUUACACUGGGCAGUGUUUUAUGGUCAUAUGGAACUUAUGAGAUAUUUAAUCCAUUGUGGUCUGAAUCCCAAGGAAAUAAACAAAUAUGGACAAUCAACUUUACACCUUGCUUGCUUAAAUAAUAACUUUAAAGCUGUUCAGGAAUUGCAUGUUAAGCAUGAGUUAGACAUCAAUAAGGCAGACAAAGAUGGAAAGACGCCAUUGAUGUUAGCGUCUGCUAGCAAUAACACAGAAAUGGCAGAUUAUCUACAAAAACAAAUAAAGAAACAGAAGUUUUUUUCUAAGAUAGAUCUAAUAUCUUUAGCUUUUAAUACACUAGGUAGUGGAAGGAAACCGGUUUUGUUUUUCAUGAUUAAUUUUCUGUGUUGGGGCUAUCCAAUGUAUGUAGGGCUGUGUUUACCAUACACUUGGUCUGACUUUCCUAUGUUACAUGUGGUGUUUCUUUUUUUCAACAUUUUGCUGUGGAUUUGUUUGUUCCAUGCCAGUACAACAGAUCCAGGAUAUUUACCAAGAAAUGUACCGGAGUAUGAUAUGGCCAUUAAACAGCUAGUCGUUUGUAGUGAUAAGACUGUGGGACAAAAUUUACUCUGUACACUGUGCCACACAUGCCGCCUAGUAAAGCCACUACGAUCCAAACAUUGUAGAGUUUGUAACAGAUGUGUAAAUGUGUUUGAUCAUCACUGUCCAUAUAUAUACAAUUGUGUAGGAUAUAAAAAUAGGGGAUCUUUUGCAUUAUUUACAACCUGUGUUUCUGUAGUUUUGGCUAUCAGUUUGAAGUUGAGCCUUCAUACUGUCAACAACUAUUUGGAAUGGAACUGGCUAUACAAGUUUUAUGUUCUCCUGAUGGGAUUCUAUGCAAUUUCAGCUUUUGGACUUUUUGUACUAGCGAUUUAUAAUGCAGCAAUCAAUGUGACCACAAAUGAAGGUUUAGCUUUUAAAAAGUAUGCCUAUAUGAAGGAUGAAUUUGGAAAAGUGAGGCAUCCUUUUGACCAGGGUGUUGUCAACAAUUUGCUUGAAUUUUUUCAUUUGAAAAUUCUUUCUGAAGAAAAUAGUUUGGAUCAGAUAACAGUGACUUAGUUUUUUAUCUUCAUGAGCAUUGUAUGAAUGUUAUGUUUUAA